AUGACAGCUACAUUAAAUGGGGUGUUCAAUUCGUCCCCUGACACACCCUCUACCAUUUACCCCGAUCGUCUGAUCCGUCCUUUACCUAGACGGACCCUCCGUUCACGCCUUUCUUCAGAUGCUGCCGACACUUUGUUCUAUCCUCCUACGCCACCGGCGUCUCAAAUAUUUUAUGGUGUCUCUGCGGACUCUGAGGAGGCGGUGAAUGAAUCCAAAGUGUAUGUGCAGCAGACCGUGGAGACUGAAUUGUCACCAGAGGUUGAUGCCCAUGAAUUUGAGACGUCGGUAGAGUUGGAGAGCGGUGAUGAAGGCGGUCCGAUGGUUGUCCGGAGGAGCGGUGUUAUUCGGAGGCCUUCCAUGUCACCUCCCGCGUCUGGAAAUCCACAUGGUUUUCCCCGCGACACACCACAGACAAAAUCUUCAACCGGGGACGGCUACGACGCGUUUGAGAAUACGAAUAACAAGAAAAAGCGAAAGAUACCUACACCCGGAAACUUGGGAGGACACCACUCUGCGCUGUCUCCGGAGUUCGCCAGCAUGGGUUUAGCAAACUCUACCCCCGCACGGGUUCCUACCCCGACUGAUCCUACUGGUGCGUAUUAUGGGAGUGGGAACCCUGCGUCUCCUCUGGGAAAUGGAAUCUCUGGUUCUGGGAGAGGUCGAUUGGGACGUCCUACUGUUCGUAGCAGCAGCAGAAACCCGUUGUCGCCAAAUGCUCAGAAUGGAUGGAUGACUGCCCGGACGCCCAAUCGGCGGGAUGGGUUGAUGUCGUCCCCCGGCCCUUCUGGUGAAUCUUCUGACCAGGGAAUUAUCUCCACCGCAAUCGCCAAUGCCGCAACACACUCCUCCCCGCCUCGAGGUCCCAGCAAUGUCAGCCUGUUGGAGAAAGAAAAAGAAAAUACCACUCCGACCAAGACACAAUUUACCUUUACGUGUGAGUCGGACUCGUCCAAGGGCAUGGCUAUGCAGCGAAACUAUUCAAUCCCUUAUCGGUCCCCCACUUCACCACUCGGACCGGCAAGUCAAAAACAGAAGGGACCCUCCACACAAGGGACACAGACUGGCCCCAUGAACCACCAGGCCCCACCUGGUACGCACGCACCCGCUCAAGCUGGGGAGCCCGCUCCCGUUGGCCCCAAGAAGAAACGGUCCCCAAGCAGCAUAUACGCACUGUCUGCACGUCAACGCAAGAUCCAACAACAAUACACGAAUCUUCACCAUCCCCCAAGUCUCGAAGACAUCUGGAUUUGUGAAUUUUGUGAGUAUGAGAGCAUCUUCGGGACUCCACCCGAAGCCCUGAUCCGACAAUAUGAGAUGAAAGACCGGAAGGAGCGCAAGCGACUGGCGGAGAAGAAGCGACUCUUGGAGAAGGCUAAGAUGAAGGGUCGCAAGACCAAGAAGGCGACAAAGAACGCAUCCAAGAAUGGCACACAGCCUUACCAACAGGGAUACGACCGCGCUUCGGUGGACCACUCUUCCGCCGGUGGGUCGGGUCUUCCCGAUGAUGAAUACCAAGGACAUGAGUAUGAUGAUGAUGAGAAUUCGCCGAUCCCACCUUCCGCCCCUGCGUCCCCCAGCAACCUUAAGCCUCCACUACCCAAUGGAAAUCAUCCUAAGAUUGCGGCAUCUGUCCCAGGCAUCAAGAGUUCUGCGGAUUCCGGAGCAAGUCGACCGGCGUAG